AUGUCGUUACAAGGUGGAGCUGUCGCUGCGGGUAGCCUUGUGGCGAUUUUACAAUCGGUUGGUGCAGCUGGUUUUAGUAUUGGAACAGUUAUUGCUACUAGUUCUGGAGGUGCUGUAUUAGGUGGAUAUAUUGCUAAAGCAAUGCUAAAUACAUUAGAAUCAAAUCGUGAAGAAUUAAAAGAAUUGGAAAAUUUAGUUUCCAUUGAUGAAAGUAAUGUCGACGAAAAUGAAAAAAAUAAAAAAGUGAUUUUUGACAUGAAGCAACCGCUUCUUGAUAGUAAUGAGAAUGAAAAAUUAAAAUCCUUUCUUAGAGGGUUUGAAAGUGCUCGGGAAAUUGCCAAAGAUAGAGCAAAAAGAUUCGAAUUUUUGGUUAUUAGAGAUUUUAAAGGAUCUAAUUAUUUGUAUAGAUAUUUCGUUGAUAAACACGGAAUUGAUUACGUUACUUCGGAAAAGAGAAGUAUCUUUCUGAAUUUAAAUAAUCCUUGA